AUGCGACAACGCCCGGUGAAAGGGCCGGUACCCCUCGCUGAAAGGCUCCGGAGACUCGAGCCCCGACUAAAGACCAUCCAGGCCAUCACGGGUAUACCUGGCUUUUCCAUUGGAGUCAUUCACCAAGGAGUCGAGGUAUGGAAGUUCAACUCGGGAUAUUGUGACGUUGAAAACAAGAUCCCGCCUCGGUCCGACACGGUGUUCAAUCUCAACUCUCUUACCAAGAGCAUCACCUCAGCGGCCUUUGCCUGCCUCGUCCACGACGGCAAGGUAAACUGGGACACACCCAUCAAGGCCAUCCUCCCAGACUUUGCACAAGGAUGCGAUGCGAUAGACCAAGAAAUUAAUGCCAUUGACUUGCUGUCGAUGCGCUCCGGGCACCAGUCUCUCAACUGCCUCCCCUGGCAGGGAAACAACAUCGUGCUCCCUGAUCGACGCGAUACCAUCAAUUCUGGAACGCGACACCUCGCGUUGGGAAUUUCCGCGAUUUCUUCAGCUACAACAAUUGGGGUUCUUCCAAGAGCGCCUAUUUGGGCCAUUGGGACUAAAGCGCACCAAGAUGCAGGACGCGAUUCCGUUGGAGAACAGUUCCCUUUCGUACGCGAUGCUGGGCGACAGAUCCCCGUGCUCGUGCCCGGGCCCACUAUUGGCGCGGGCAUCUUUACCGAGGGUGGCUCCGGUGUACUUUCCACCAUUGACGACAUGCUAGCCCUAUACAAAACGUAUCUAGAUGCCAUCAACGACCAGUUCCGGUCGGGGACAAAAUCCACUCCCGGGAACCCUUUUGUGGAAUGCGCCACGCUGGUGGCGGCUCACAACCGUUUGCCGGCCAAGUCGAUUCUUCGAGAACAGUCGUACGGGUGCGGCUGGAUCCGCUGUCAACUUCCCGGCCCUCUCGGGAUGAUAGGGAUGAACAACGAUUUUGUGGAAAUGCCGCACGUGUUGGAAGGGGGCCCUUCACAUCUUUGUCUGUACCAUAUGGGGAUGAUGGUUGGUUCCACCUCCAACAUCGCCUUGCUUCCGGAAACAGACACAGUCGUCGCUCUCUUGGCCAACGCGGCGCCGCUCGGAGAUGGCACGGAUUGGAUGUCGCAAAUGAUUAUCGAGGAGAUUUUCGAGCCACCCACCCGACACAAUUUCGGGGAAUAUGCCGAAAAGGUGGCGUCCAAAAUUUUAAAUCAUAUUCCAUCCCUGGGGAAAGAACUCGAGGAAAGGCGUAUACCUGAUACGGUCCCCUCUUCCCCCAUCGAGUCGUACGCAGGAGGGUUUGUGCACGACAAAACACCCUUCAAGAUUGAUAUACGCUUCGACGAGGAGAAGGGGGCUUAA